AUGUCCGCUUCCGAGUCUGUCACCUCCACGGCCACCAUUGCCACCACUGCCGCAUUGGCAACGGCGUCAAUCUUCAUCUUGGCGCGUGAAGUGCUGUGGCCGCGCUGGGCAAAGGUCCUUCGCAGCCCCCUCAAGACGACACUUCCGCGCCUGACCGAGCAAGAGACGCGCCACUUGGUGUAUCAACCUGACCAGUUUCCCGGCGCUCGGGACGUCGAAACACCAUAUGGUUCCAUCCGCGUCUAUGAGUUUGGCCCAGAGCAUGGCCAAAAGGUCAUUUUCAUUCAUGGCAUCACCACGUCAUGCAUUACCCUGACUUAUAUUGCAAAUAAUCUCGCCAAGCGCGGCUGCCGAGUCAUGCUCUUUGAUCUGUUUGGCAGAGGCUACUCUGAUGGCGUCGGCGACAUUCCUCAUGACGAUCGUCUCUAUGUUACGCAGAUGCUCCUGGUACUCGCUUCCAGUCCUCUCCCCUGGACCGGCGAUGACUCUAUCAAUGUCAUCGGAUACUCACUUGGUGGCGGUAUCGCUGCUCAUUUUGCCGGCACCUUCCCAAGCAUGGUCAAAUCCCUGGUCCUGCUUGCGCCGGCCGGCCUCAUUCGCGCCGAGCGCUUCGGUCACAUCACCAAGUUUGUUUUCUCUUCUGGUGUGAUCCCGGAGCGUAUCCUGCACGGUCUCACCAGCCGCCGUCUUCAGCAGCCCAUAGCCUCCAGAGCAAAGAUUCCCAAAGACCCCAGUCCUGUGAUGAGCGGUAAGACGGAGGCCGCUGCCAGGGUUGCAUCCGCUGAGGUUCCAGGUACCGUUUUCGGCACCGAGGACUCACUCAGUCUCCCUAUUGAGCAACGCGUGACUCACUAUGUACGCUGGAUGGUCACACACCAUCUUGGAUUCGUACCUGCGUUUAUGUCUUGUAUCCGCCACGCGCCACUAACGCACCAGCAGGAAAGCUGGAAGAUUCUCGCACAGCGCAAGCCCGGUACAACCGCCGUGCUCCUCGCGGAAGAGGAUGAAAUCAUCAACCUCGACGACUAUGAGGCCGACGGCCUUCCGCUGCUCGGCGGUCCUGAAAAUGUCUACUGGAAGGUGCUCCCUGGCACCCAUGAUUUUGUCAUGACACACUCUGAGCUCAUCACCGAGGAAAUUUCGCAUCUUUGGGGGUUGAAGGCUCCGGGUGCAUGA